UCUCUCUCUCUCUCCCCCCCCCCUCCUUCCCUCUCGCUCUCUGGCCUGUUUGCACUCAGAUACAUCGGGAGUGAGAUCAGUGAUAUCAGUGUCUACUUCAGUGUCAAGCUCAGGGUUGCAACAGAGACCCGCCACCUGCUGACAAACACUGUGUGAACAUCAGGACUCUGUGGGGUGAAUCAUGGGAAACUGCACUUCAGGGAAGAAGAAAAGGAAAGGGGAUACUGCAGCUGAUGGAAGAAACAGCACAGAUAGUAAGCCUAAGGAGGAGGUGUUGUACGCCUCUAUUGACCACACCACCGCCAAAGGACCGAGUAGAACCAUAGCUACCGCUGACGAUGAUUGUGACUAUGCAACAGUUUUUGUCCCAGCACCACCUCAGCCCGAUCGUGUGUCUCAGUGCUCCUCUAAAGACGAAUGUGCAGACGAUUAUGUCCUCAUGGGGUGAAAGGAGACGAGGACAGGUUCAUUUGGGCAAUUGCAACAAGACUUGUAUUUAAUAUUGCAAACAGUUUUGAUCUUCAAUGAAGAAACGGUGGCAAAAUGAAAAAGAAAAUCAUCCACAUUCUACUUCAGCUGCUGCGGAAACAACAAGAUGCAAAAUGACUGAACAGGACUGGGAUUUCACUUAUCAAGAAUACACACUUGCAUCGCAUUUGACCUUUAAAAACUCAACCUGGACAAUUAUCUGCAACUCUUCAGUUAGAUACGAAAAGUCAUGACCUCAAUAUAUCUGGAAUCAGUAAGUCAGAUGAAACUAAUGGUGUGUGGCUUGACUUUUGCCUGUCAUAUGAAUGGCAAAUUCUCAAAAAGGCAAAUCCAAUAGGUUUUCACGAUGACCUUUAUUAAAGUCUUCAGAACUAUUCUAACUGCAUACACGUUUGCAGAAAACUUUUAGUAGCUUCCCAAAGUCACAAUUUAACUGAUAUCAGAUUUCCCUGUUAGUAUGAAAUGCUUAAGUAAUUUGAUGAUUAGUAUGUUGUAGAUACAGUAUAGAAUUAGUAUGUUGUAUACAUUUUGCACAUAAUAUUUGGGAUUUGGACGUGAAUGCCAGAGGCUAUUUCUGUUUUACUCCAAAACAGUUGAACCAGUAGCUUCUGGCAAACCACUGUUGUUACGGCGUUACCUGAAGGAUGAAGAACUAAUUUAAUCUUAAUCUAAAAGCCAGGAUUUCAUAUGUUUUUCAUUUAUAGACAAUGGGGUCGUAAUCAUUUGUGUAUUCAUUGUGUUACCUUCAGCGCUGAGAGUAGAGGUGCUACACAAGUGGAGGGACUCUUUUUCCACAAUGGAAGGGAAAGGAAUGGCAGCUAAGAAAAACAUUAAACAUAAGGUGAACACUGAAGAAGCACAGUGACUUGUUAUAAGAGUGCUGUGACUAUGACUUUCCACUGAAGACAACAUUUUGAUCUUUAUCUGUUGUUUUUAUUGAAACAGAGCCAAAACAUGGCUCCACCCAUACCCAAAGCUUCUCCAGCAGAAAACCCACCUGGAGCUGACUCAACCAGCCAUUUCUAACUAUGAUUGUAGCUUGACAGUGUGCACGAUAAAAUGGUAUACUCGUGUGUGAAAUGUGUGCCCUUGCCACAUAAUCAAAUCCAUAAUGGAAGAAUGUAUUGUUUAUGUGAUAAUGUCCAUAAAACAUUAUCUUAUACUGAUUUCCAGAUUACGUGCCCAUUUUGUAAAAUAGUGCAUCCUAGAACUACUGCAAAUAGAUAUUUAAUGCUUGAGAACUUUUAUUUUUUCCUUGUUUUGUAUGUGUAUGCAGAAAAUGCAUAAAUGUUUCUCUAUAGCCUAUCGAUAGAAUUAUUUAUUUGAUUGAUUUGAUGCAUGGUGUGUUGGUGAAGGUUGCAUUUGUUUCAUUUUUAUUUAUCUUUUUUCAUUGAUUAAAAGUGUAGAACUUUUAUUACAAACCUUUGUGUGUUAUUCUGUUGCAUCAACUGCAUCGCUGAAAACAAGAGGUUGUAGCAAUAAUCUUUUUUAUUUAAAAUGAACACUUCAGUAAGGUUUGUAGUUACAAUUGAGUGAGAAAAACAUGUUAAUUUGUUACGAUAUGUCAUCAGAUAUGUCAUGAAAAGAGUUUUAUGUAGACAGAAAUUAAGUCUUUAGUUUCCUCUUUUCUGUCCAACCAAAUACAGUUUUUCUCGAUUGCUAACACACAUUUUCUUUUUUAAAUUGCUCAGUUUCUCAGAACACUAAACACAAUUCACAAAACCACACACCCAAAGUGCAAAACACCUAAUUUCUCCUGCUAAAUGAAGAACUGCACUCAAAACUAAACACUUACCAAAUGCAAACUCUAGCACCAAAUGUAACACACUUCAUUCAUAAUACUAGAUGGUUUGACCACCCAACUACACACUGCUGAGCAUACUCUAAAGCACUUUCAUCUGUUAUGGGCUAUGCUCUGUACAUAGAGGUUUCUGCAGAGAAAGAUUGCUUGAGUUUACAGAAAUACAGUAAAUGAAGAAGUACAAAUGAGUUGCACGUAUUCAAAAAUAACAUUGUGCAACAUGCAUCUCAGCACAUAGUUACAGUAACGCAAACAAAAAUGAUGCUUCUGUCAAAUACAGUAGAUAGAAAUAAAAACGUUAUUAGGCUGAACCCUCUGUCCAGCCUCUCUCAUCGUCAAACCAUGGUUGAUAACAUGGUCAAUCAAAGUGCACCAGAUUUCAUUAGAGAGUAUUCUUCUUUGUCCACGUCCUCUCCCUCCAGCUCUACCUCUCAUUCUUCU